AUGGCUUUGCCUCGAGAAGCAUAUGAAACCUUGGAUGACAUCCCAGCCCAUGUGUGGAGAGGGCUGCCAAACAGUAUGAAGCUGGGUCCAUCAGCUGUCAACCCAAAUCGCAUUGGUGUCUGGGCAUCUAGACUAAUACCCAAAGGCAAACGGUUUGGACCAUUUGUAGGAGAACGAAAGAAGAGAUCUCAAGUGACAAGUAAUGUAUACAUGUGGGAGGUAUAUUUUCCAGCCUGGGGGUGGAUGUGUGUGGACGCCACAGAUCCAUUGAAGGGAAAUUGGCUGCGCUAUGUGAACUGGGCACGCAACUCUCAAGAGCAAAACCUUUUUCCACUGGAGAUCAACAGAGCAAUUUACUACAAAGUGUUAAGGCCAAUCGGUCCAGACGAAGAACUUCUCGUGUGGUACAAUGGGGAAGACAAUCCAGAGAUAGCAGCUGCAUUAAAGGAAGAAAGGACUAGCAACCUGAACAAGAAGAGUUCGCCCAGAGCAAAGCGAGCAAGGAGGAAGUUGUCGCAAAGAGCCAGACUGGCUGAUUUAAGUGGAUUCUGUGAACCCAAGAAUUCAAGUGCCACUGAAUCAACAAUCACAGAGAUGCGGGACUCAGAGAAAGGGCUUAGUGGAGAAGAAAGACCCACAUCACCAUAUGAGUUGCAACAGGAGAAUCCACCCUCCCAGUCAUCCUCCACAGAGAGGGAAAUUGCUGCCAAGUCUCAUGGUGCUACUACAACAGAAAUUAACCAGAGGGAAGGAUUGGAUGAGGACAAUGCAGAGGCUGAUGGACCGCUGCAGCUGUCACAGUCAAAUCAGAGCCCACAGCACCCCUCUGAGGUAGAGUCCGUUGAUGGGAACAAAAAAUCUGACCUGCAAUUACAUUCUGGCAGUCCUGCAGAAGAAAGCUCUGAGAGUCCACAAUGUGAUACAGAGUGUGUAUCCUCUUUAGCGAAUCCUGAAUUUCUUGAGGCAGAAGGGGAUUUUGAGGAUGACACCCAGGAAGGAACAUACCCCUGUCAGCAUUGUGAGCGUCAUUUUUCCACCAAACAGGGCCUUGAGCGCCACAAUCACAUUCACACUACUUCAAACCAUCAAACUCAUACUUUUAAGUGCAGGUACUGUACUAAGCCCUUUGGCUCUCAGGUAGGCAGGCGCAGACAUGAACGAAGACAUGAGAAUGGGAGUAAAGCAUUAAAUAGGCCAGGAUCACUCACCAGAAUGGCGUUUCUCCGCAGUCCCUCCACACCCAAUGAUUCUGCUACCUCUAGCGGUGUGUCCUCUCCAAGCCAUGCAUUUGUUAUGAGCACACAGAAUGACCCACCCCAGCAAAUUUCAGACAGUUUGAAAAUAGAGCCUGGUGCUGAAUCUGAUCGACCUUUUAUAUUGGAUGAGAAUGGCGAGUCAAAAGAGCUUCAUCCUUGUAAGUACUGUAACAAAGCUUUCGGCACACACACCAACAUGCGCAGACACCAGCGCAGAAUCCACGAGCGGCAUCUAAUGCCAAAAGGUGUUCGGAGGAAAGGUAUGCUCUUGCAGGAUGGCUCUUCCCAACAAAAACAGCAGCAGCAGCAUGAACAAGGACAGCCUGUUUCACUUCAGGAAGAGUCACCAAGUGCCAGUCCACCACCUAUUUAUGUGCCCAGUGUGGACACGGAGGAUGAGGGUGAGAGAGAGGAGUGUAUGGUUGAUAUCUCUAACAACAUUUCUGAAAAUCUCAGCCAUUACAUAGAUGGAAAGCUCCCGUCAACAAGCACAGUGAGCAACUGUGAGGUCAUAGAGGUCGAUUCAAGCACCGCAGCGAUGUUUGGCCUUGAUGCUCUCAUUCUAAAUCCAAAACAAAUUACUCAUGCUCUGAAAGUUGAAACACGGACUUGUCCAGUUAAAGAAGUUUCAUUUGCAGCUCAGUCAGUUUCUAGAAGACGAACAACUACACCACCAAUGUUUCCUGCAGUGAAAGUGGAGGCAGAAACGGUUUCCUCUUCUUCCUCCCUGUCCUCCCCUUCCUCUCAGUCGUCUUUGUUGGUAGGAAACAUAUUCUCCCAGUCGACAGAAAUGUUAGCUUUUCAAAAGGAGAAAACUGUUUAUCUUUCUCCAAAACUCAAACAACUACUGCAGGCCCCAGACGGUCAGAAACCAGCUAUAGGUCUAAUUACAGAUAGCCAUAGAUUGACCACCCCACUUUCAGUAACUUCUCUACCUGCUGUUCAAGGUAGGUUUAAAAGAAGAACCGCCUCCCCUCCCACUACCAUACUGAAUAGUCCUUCACAAAGAAAUGAUGGCCUAAGCACUUCAACUGGGGUUUCAUGUUCUCUAAAGGUGCCAAAGAUCGAAAGCCAUUGUAUUACACUUGCCUGGAGUUUAUCCAGCAAAGAUCAUAGUGAUGCCAUGAGCCUAACAGAAAAAGACUGGUCUCCCUCAAGAAGUGGGGGGAAUUCUUGCAAUCAGCAGCCUCUUGACCUUUCGAAUUCCUUUACUAAAAGAGACAGUAGUGUAAGCAGAGGUUCUGGAGAGGCUGUGUUGGACUUAAGUAUGAGUCGUAAAAGUACUGUUGAGCAUGAAGUGAAGACAAACUCAGCCACACUACCGCCUCAUGCAAAGAGAAAGAAACCCAAUACCAGCAUUUUAGAGAAAGUGUUAAUGAAUGAAUAUGCUGGCUUAAGUUCAGCUGGAGAAGAAGGCUCAAACACUCUUGGAAGCCCUGAUGCUCUUUCGUCUUCGGAGAGUGCCACAUGCGUCGCCCCUUCUAGUCCCGGUUCGGGUUCAGAGCAUCUUCCUUGUGAAUCAGCCUCCCCUCCCUCCCUGACCCCUAUGACUAUAAAUCCAUCCUCUCCAUCGUCCUCUAGUACAGCAUCAUCUACACCCCCUCCUCCUGUCCUACCCACUGUCCCUUCACCUCCACCUUUAUCUUUGCAACAUUUUCAGAUGUUGGAUACCUCAUCGCUAUCCCCGUUCCCUGUGUUGUCCCCAAAAAUGUCCCCCAAGAAUGUUGAGCAUAGUCUAGAGGAAGUGCCAGAUGCAGCUAACUUAACGGAGUCGUGCCAUGAUGCAUUAAAUCCCAAUAUUAAUAAAUUGGAUCAAACUGCUGAGCAUUUAGACCCUGCAGAGUCUGCACCGCCUCAGGAUAUGAAAAGACAUUGUGAAGCAGAUUCACCUUCAAAGUCUGAAACACUACUUGAGGGCUCAACCCAUGAUUCUAAGCCUCUUUUGUUAAGAAAUGCAGAUCAAGCAGAUUCUUCUCUCUUAGAUUUGGGUACUGCCUCUGAAACAAGCCAAAGCAGUUCCUGUGAAGGAACUCUCCCUGAAGACCUCGAUAUUAAAGCUGAAGGGCGACACAAAUCAAAGUAUUCUCAUUCUACUGUACAAUCAACUCUCAAAAAGGAAUCCCCCUCAGUCUCCUUGCACAGUGAAUUGCAGCUUUCUCAAAAAUCAUUAGCAGUCGAUAACGACUUGGUUGUAGAGGAUACAGGGAAAAAGGAAGAGCCAGUUGAGGUCACUGCGAAUGGGGGCGAUGUUUCCGCUUCACCUGGAACUCCAGCCCGAAGUUCUGAUGAAGUUGAGACACCAGAGCGAGAGGCAUUUGUCAAGAGUUUUGUUUGUAAUGUUUGCAAAGAGCCAUUUCGCUCCAUCAAAGACCUUAGUGGCCAUAUAAUAGAGCAUGCCUCGGAGUGGCCUUUUAAGUGUGAGUUUUGUGUGCAGUUAUUUGGUAAUGCUACUGCGCUCCUUGAACACCGCUCCUCUCUUCAUGGGGUGGGAAGAAUUUAUAUUUGCUCCAUUUGCUCAAAGGAGUUUGCCUUCCUCUGCAAUCUCCAGCAACAUCAAAGUGACCUACAUCCAAGUCAAAAUUGCACUCACACUGCCGUAGAAAAUGGGAAGCUCAGACCUCAGAAUUACACCGAACCUGAUCAGGCAAAUAUGAAGAAAAAUUUCAGUGACACGGUUGAUGACUCCACUGCUGAAGCCCCCUCUCAGGAUUUUUCUGAGGAGCAUAACAGUAGUGACACUAAUACAGCAGAAGACAAAGAUGGCCAUGAGGACCCUACAGAAGAACUAUACACUACAAUAAAGAUUAUGGCGUCUGAGGCUGGGAAGCCGAAAGGCCCAGAUGUUCGGCUUGGCAUCAAUCAACACUACCCCAGCUUUAAGCCUCCACCUUUCCCCUACCACAACCGAACACCUGAUGUCUCAGUUGCCUCAGCCACUCAUUUCACUACACACAACAUCCCCCAAACUUUUAGCACUGCAAUCCGGUGCACCAAGUGUGGAAACAGCUUUGACAACAUGCCUGAACUGCACAAACACAUAUUAGUUUGUGCUAAUGCUAGCGAUAAGAAACGCUACACCCCUAAGAAGAAUCCCAUACCUCUCAAGCAGAUCGUGAAGACGUCUCCCAAUGGCUUGUUUUCCACCACAGGAGUUGCUACUGGACAGAAUGCAUUUCGUAGAAUGGGUCAGCCUAAAAGGCUUAACUUUAACCAAGAUAUCUCCUCCAAAACAAAGUUAACAUCCCUAAAUAAGAAGAAAAACCAGCUGGUCCAGAAAGCCAUAUCUCAGAAGAACAAAUCUGCUGCCACAGCAAAGAAAUCAAACCGGGUAAAGGAAGAAGAGACCCAAGAGAUCCAUUCGUGCCCACACUGUAGUCGAGAGUUCACGUACCCAGCCAGCCUCGCAAAACACAUCGCUUGCAGCUGUCCACAAAGACCUGUUGCCAAGAAGUUGAAAAAAGGAGCACUGACGCCACAAGACAAAAACAUGAGUCUACGAAGUAGAGCCACUGACUCUGAAGUCAUACAAGAGACAGGCUCUGGAAAAAGCUCGAAGCCUUUGGGGAAAACCAGAGCCCGGAGCUCUGAGCCAGUGGAGAGUGAAGUUCCACCAGCAAGUAAAGGAAAAGCACCUCAGGUACGUACCAAAAGGCCAGCCUCAAAUGUAGACAACCCAGCCACCCAAAGUAAAAAAGGCAAAAAGCGCAGUGACCCACAAACCUCCAUAACUCCUGUAAUUUCUGAUGACCCUUCAACACGGCCUCUGGCGAAAAUGCAACGUGGACCUAAAGAGGUUGUUGUAAAGGAGGAGACUGCAGUGAAAACAUCACAGUCUAAAAAGGAGUACCGUUUUUCAGUAAGGACACGGGAGAGGGUAGGUGGGCCAGUCACACGCAGUCUACAGAUGGCUAGUGCUUCAGCUCCUUUGGAAGUGAAGACUGAAGACUCCCUAAACCAUGAACCAGGGCAGUCUGAGGAGUCUCUGUUGAAGUUAGCCAGCUAAAACUCUAUGUUCUCUGAAGGACUGCUUUGCUUUUCCAGUCAGUGACUGGAAGGGGAAGUUCAUUGAGCUUGGAUUAGCUUGAGCAGAGACUGAAUGUUGAUGGGGGUCAGGAGUUUUUAUCCCUGCUCGUGUUUCACUUUGGCCCAGUGGAAGUAUCUUCUCAAUGCACUUUUAUAAAUAAUUCAUUGGAUGUCUAAUGCCCCCAAAUGGACUGAAGAUUAUUAAAGAAAUCUAUAACAAGUGUAAUAUCACUUGAUUUAUCAAUGUUGACCCUCUGGUUUUGUUAAAGAAAUAGUCCAGCCAAAAAUGGAAAAAAUUGUCAAAGUGCCCUCCUGUCCAAACCUGUUUGACUUUUUACUUAAUCGGAACACAAAAUGUGAUGUUUUAAUGAAUCUCUCAGUCUCUCUUUUCAAUAGAAUGCCAGUUGAUGUGACUCGCUUUGGAGCAUAUAAAGAAUCCAAAAGUUUCAUAAAGGUAGUCCAUGUGACUCGUGUCAUAUACCGAGGCUUCUGAAAAAUAUUUAAAUUUUACGUUGUUUCACCCCAAAACGUAUUAAAUGACUUGACUUGGAAUAUGACACAUGAGUUGCAUUAUGCUACUUUUGUGAUACUUUUGGGUCCUUUUGUAAGCUUGAAAGUGAGACACAAUCCACUGAUUAUUCAAUAUUUAUUAUAGCAUCUCUGUUUGUGUUCUGCAUACGGAAGUCAUAUGGAUUUGGAACGUAUUUGGGCAGUAAAUUAUGAUAAAUUUAAUUUUUGGAUGAACAAUUCUUUUAAGGUAUUGCAAAAGGCAAUCAUGUACAAGUUGCUUUUUCUUAGUCUGGUUUGUCCUUUGUUUAAUCAGUAAAAUUUAGGAUCCAAAGGUCACGCCUAAUGCAUGUGCUCUGUAUAUACAGUAUGAGCGGACCGAUCCUCUCUCCAUGUCUAUACUCCCUUUUUGACCUGCUCUUUUACUGAGAAAAAUUAUUUGAAAAAAAGUAUAUAUGUAUAUUUAAGUAAAUUUAAUCCUCCACAGGAUGUUUAUUGCAUCUGAGGCUCUCAUAUUUUGAGAGGCUUUUUUGUUUUUACUUUGUUGUUUUCUUUUAUGUUAACAUAGUAAAUUAAUGGAGCUGUUUGAUACAGUCAGAGUGAGCAGGAGAGAACUGUUUGCUGUAUGUAUAAGGUGUUCUACCGUUACCUGUACCAGCCAAAACCUGAAGCCAUUUUCUUUCCUCUGUACCUUUUGUAAUCUACAGCAUUUACAGCAGGGCUGCUGGCCAAUUAAAACUACACAAAACUACAACUCGGACGAACAGCUGCACUUGCAAAAAAAGAAUUGAAACAGCUGUAUGUGCCAUUAUUAAUAACCAAAGUAUGUAAGUUUUUGGCAUAUUAGUAAUCUGAUUAUUUCUAAUGAAACGCACUUUAUAUAGACUAAUUUGCCUUCUCAAAGUUUGGAGUGAUUUUACAGGAAGUGAUGACACUUGGUUGAAAACUGUCAAAAAAUAGCAUUAUUUGAUAUAUUACACACACCUACAUCACAACCUGAGGCAUCCUUAGAAAUUUUAUUUUAGUCUGUUAAGACCCAGUUAAUGUUACGUUAUUAAUAUAAUUAGCUUGUAAUUGCAGUGUUGCUAUUCAGCUAUCUUUGAUAAUCAAGCAUUACACAAACAUUUUGUUUAUAGCAUUUCUCAUUUUCAUAUAAUGGAUAAGACCUCUGCUUUAAUAGAACAUCUAACUUGACAUUCUUAGUGGUCUACCUCCUGGCAAGCUUUGAACUGGUGUGUUUUCUGUCUUUGGACAGCGUAAUCCCUCUCACUCCUAAGCCUGUCUCUGCCAUGUACUUUCCACUUCACAACCUGGACAAACAAGAUCUAAACAAUUUAAAAAGUUUAAGCAAGGAACUCAAAAAGAUUUUUUCUUUUCAAAAUUUCCAUCUUGAAGUAUGUCUUUGCUGUCCUGCAUUGAUAUAUUUUUAGGCAUUAAAAUGUUGAUGUGUUUUGUGAUUAUGAAUAAUAACCCUCACAAAUGUAAAAUGCAUUGUUCUAAUUGAUAUAUUAAAUUUUGUUUUUUCAAUUGGA